UAUAAUCCAUCUAUUUUAUCUAGCAACAUUCUCUAAACGCGAAGCAACCAGCUAAUGGGCUCAGAUAAACCUGGGUCCGCGUCAUCACAGCAAUACGGUUGUGUAGGUGCAGAUAAGAAGAAGCUGGAAAUGGAAUUGCCAAAUCAUGCCAAACAAUUGCUGCUGCAGCUAAACCAACAAAGAGCCAAAGGUUAUCUGUGUGAUGUGAUCAUAGUUGUAGAAAAUGCCCUCUUCCGGGCCCACAAGAACAUCUUGGCAGCCAGCAGCAUCUACUUCAAGUCCCUGAUCCUCCAUGAUAACUUGAUAAAUCUGGACACAGACAUGGUCAACCCGUCUGUGUUUCGGCAGGUAUUAGACUUCAUUUACACCGGCAAGCUUUUGACCUCAGACCAGGUCAAUGACCACAAUUUCAGUGCCCUCCUAACGGCAGCAAGCUACCUCCAACUCCACGACCUGGCUGCCCUGUGUAGGAAGAAGCUGAAGCGCACUGGACGGUCCCUUCUCAACAAGCCGACCACACCCACCAACGGACGAACCUCCCGCAACCAAAGGCUGUCCUCCACCCCCGUCACUCAGAUGCAAAUGUCAGGGUUAAAAGACAGUGAAAAGCCCAAGCGGCAGCACGACGAAGAGUUGUCCGAGGAUGAGAUGUUCAUCGGGGCCACGGCCAACUCCCUCAGCCCUUCCACCAGUAAGAACGGAAGCAACGGCACCAUGACCAACAACAAUAUCAGCAGCAACAACAACAUCGUGGGCAUCCAGGAGCUGGGCCUGGACCUCUCCAAGAAAAGCCCGUCUGGGAGCACGGCCACGGAAGAAGUUAGCCCCAGCAGCAUCCCCCAAGAAUCACCUCAAUCUGCCUCAGAAUCCACAGCCAACAGUGCCUCGUUUGAAGAGAACACCACCAACCCUCAGAGCCUGGUCGGUGGAGAGCCCAUGGACCUUGGAGACGGCGGAGGAGAAGGCGAGGAAGGCCAGCCGCCCGCCGACGUGGACCAACACAGCAAGGUCCCCUCACGCUCCGCAGCCCGGAGCCGACAGCGGGUCAGAGGCGAAGCCAACAAGGCCGACGACUCGGAGCGAGCCGCCCUCCCCAACGGCGUGGCCAAGCGGCUGAACAACAACAUCGGCCCGGACGGCUCCUACCAGUGCAAGGAGGACGAAGAGGGCAUGGAGAACGGCCAGAGCGAGGAGAGCGGCAACAGCGAGGGCGAGAGCGGCGGCCGCAACAGCACCAACUACGUCUACCGGCAGGAGGGCUUUGAGCCGGCCCUCGGCGACAACCUGUACGUGUGCAUCCCCUGCGGCAAGGGCUUCCCCAGCUCGGAGGAGCUCAACGCCCACGUGGAGACGCACACCGAGGAGGAGCUGUACAUCAAAGAGGAGGAGGAGGAGGACUCCUACCAGAAGGAGGAGGAGGCCGAGGCCGAGGACCUGUCGUCCCAGGCGGCGCUGGCCGUCAGCGGGGAGGCCCGCCGCUUCAGCUGCUCGGUGUGCAGCCGGAGCUACAAGGAUCCGGCCACGCUCCGGCAGCACGAGAAGACCCACUGGCUCACCCGCCCCUUCCCCUGCAACAUCUGCGGCAAGAUGUUCACGCAGCGCGGCACCAUGACGCGUCACAUGCGCAGCCACCUGGGCCUCAAGCCGUUCGCCUGCGAGGAGUGCGGCAUGCGCUUCACCCGCCAGUACCGGCUGACGGAGCACAUGCGCGUGCACUCGGGCGAGAAGCCAUACGAAUGUCAGCUGUGCGGUGGCAAGUUCACGCAGCAGCGCAACCUCAUCAGUCACCUCCGAAUGCACACCUCCCCGUCAUAAGCCAAAGACUGCCAGCCCAGGAAAACCCUCUUACCUACAACAAUAAGCGCGUCUCGCGUCAAAAAAAGAGAAAAGCGCACACUCUUACUUCAAAAGUAGGUAUCAAGUUAGUUUUGUCUGGAGCGAGAGAGAGGAUGGGUGAGUUUUCUCCUGCCUUCCAAUUUGGGAGAAGUGGUCAAUAUUAAAGUUCCAACCAUGGAAAAACCAUCAUGAUCUCCUCAAAGAAA